AUUCCCCGCUCCCGCUCUCCCUUCCCCUUCCGGAGCGGAGGCGACGUGUCGGAGCAGAGCGGGAGCCGGUACCGGGGCGACAUGGAGCUGGAGGCGAUGAGCAGAUACACCAGCCCGGUGAACCCGGCCGUCUUCCCGCACCUCACCGUGGUGCUGCUGGCCAUCGGCAUGUUCUUCACCGCCUGGUUCUUCGUCUACGAGGUGACUUCUACCAAGUACACGCGGGACAUCUACAAGGAGCUGUUGAUCUCGCUGGUGGCCUCGCUCUUCAUGGGCUUCGGGGUCCUCUUUCUGCUGCUGUGGGUCGGGAUCUACGUCUGAAGCUCGGGCGGAGGAGCACCGGCACUGCCUGGGGAACUCCUGCGGCUGUGGGAAGACCUGCAGAAGCUCUUUUUUUAUAUUUCUUUUAUACUUCAACAUCAAAGUCCGUGUCAGGCACGGACUGUGCCGCUGUUGAGCGAUUUCCGCCCACCCAACAAACCAAACCUGAAUAAAACUGCCUCUGUGAUGCACUUGC